AUUGAUACUCCGAUAGUCAAAGCCAACAACCAAGACCUCACCUACAUUCUUCUCAUCUCGCUCCUGCUUUCUUUUCUGUCCUCCCUUCUCUUCAUCGGCCAGCCAAGAAGGGUGACCUGCCUGCUCCGACAAACCACCUUCAGCACCAUCUUCUCCAUUGCUGUCUCUUCCAUUUUGGCUAAAACGAUCACUGUGGUGGUGGCCUUCAUGGCCACCAAGCCAGGAAACAGGAUGAGGAAAUGGCUGGGGAAGAGUCUGGCAAACUCUAUCAUCAUUGUCUGUUCCAGUGUUCAAAUGGGCCUCUGCAUCAUCUGGCUGGGCACCUCUCCCCCCUUCCCAGAGUUUGACCUGCACUCCCAUAGUGGACAGAUGAUAUUGCAAUGCAAUGAAGGGUCUGUGGCCCUGUUUUAUGGUGCCUUGGGCUACAUGGGUUUCCUGGCUGCCGUCUCCUUCGCAGUGGCUUUCCUGGCCAGGAAGCUUCCCGGGGCCUUCAAUGAAGCCAAGCUGAUCACCUUUAGCAUGCUGGUCUUCUGCAGUGUGUGGGUGUCCUUUGUGCCCACCUACCUGAGCACCAAGGGGAAAUACAUGGUAGCCGUGCAGAUCUUCUCCAUCCUGGCCUCCAGUACUGGCUUGCUGGGAUGCAUUUUCCUUCCCAAAUGCUACAUCAUUAUAGCGAGGCCCUAUUUGAAUACUAAGGAACAUCUAGUGGCAAAAAUGGAGCCUGAUUCCUAG